ACUGGGGCACGAGGCGCUCCCUGGAAUCACAUGGUACCUGCUCCAGUGCCGCGUGCGGCCCGGGAACCCUGGGCUGCUGGCGCCUGCGCAGAGCCCUCUGUCCCAGGGAAAGGCUCGGGCAAAAGGCGGUUGAGAUUGGCAGAGUGAAAUAUUACUGCUGAGGAAACGUAGCAGGGCACACGUCUCUCUGCGUCUGGGCGCUUCAUUUCUCCAUCACCUACUUACUUCCUGGUUGCAGCUUCUCUCCCUUUGGGACUUUUGCACCCGAAGCUCCAGAUUCAUUACCCUGCUUCACUGCGGAGCCUUCAGGAGUGGCAUCCGGUGCACUGCAGAGACCCGACUCUCCUUGCUGCCUUAUAGCCAGAACUGCUGCAGGCUGAUUCUUCACACACACACUCUCUGCUCUUCCCAUGCAAAUCAGAUCUCAGGUGCCUCAGUGUCCUACCCUUCUGGAGGGCUGCAGUAUAGCCACCCCAAGACCUUACUGCUCGGUGCCUGGAAUCCUGAUUGUGAACUGCGGGGUUCAUUCGUCUCCCUCAGCCAUUGCCCAGGGGGCGAGAGAGGCCAUCACAACCUCCAGUUUGUGUCAAGGUCCAGUUUGAAUGACCGCUUUCAGCUGGUGAAGACAUGACGACCCUGGACUCCAACAACAACACAGGUGGGGUUAUCACCUACAUUGGCUCUAGUGGCUCCUCCCCCAGCCGGACCAGCCCGGAGUCCCUCUACAGUGACAGCUCCAAUGGCAGCUUCCAGUCCCUGACUCAAGGUUGUCCCACAUACUUCCCACCAUCACCUACUGGCUCCCUCACCCAGGACUCUGCCCGCUCUUUUGGCAGUGUGCCACCCAGUCUCAGUGAUGAUAGCUCCCCUUCUUCUGCAUCAUCGUCAUCUUCUUCAUCAUCUUCCUCCUCCUCCUCCUCCUUCUAUAAUGGGAGCCCCCCAGGAAGUCUACAAGUGGCCAUGGAAGACAGCAGCCGAGUGUCCCCCAGCAAGGGCACAAGCAACAUUACCAAGCUGAAUGGCAUGGUGCUACUGUGUAAGGUGUGUGGGGACGUGGCCUCAGGCUUCCACUAUGGUGUGCACGCCUGUGAGGGCUGCAAGGGCUUUUUUCGCCGGAGCAUCCAACAGAAUAUCCAGUACAAACGGUGUCUGAAAAACGAAAACUGCUCCAUCGUUCGCAUCAAUCGCAACCGCUGCCAGCAGUGUCGCUUCAAGAAGUGUCUCUCCGUUGGCAUGUCUAGAGAUGCUGUGCGUUUUGGGCGCAUCCCCAAGAGAGAGAAGCAACGGAUGCUUGCGGAGAUGCAGAGCGCCAUGAACUUGGCCAACAACCAACUGAGCAGCCUGUGCCCUCUAGAGACCUCACCUACCCCGCAUCCCACCUCCGGCUCCAUGGGCCCCUCACCUCCUCCUGCACCAGCCCCCACACCUUUGGUGGGCUUCUCUCAGUUCCCACAACAGCUGACACCACCCAGGUCUCCCAGCCCUGAGCCCACCAUGGAAGAUGUGAUAUCUCAGGUGGCCCGGGCCCAUCGAGAAAUCUUCACCUAUGCCCAUGACAAGUUAGGCACCUCACCUGGUAACUUCAAUGCCAAUCACGCAUCAGGUAGCCCUUCAGCUACGACUCCACACCGCUGGGAGAGUCAGGGAUGCCCGUCUGCCCCCAACGACAACAACCUUUUGGCGGCUCAGCGUCAUAAUGAAGCGCUGAAUGGUCUACGCCAGGGCCCUUCCUCCUACCCUCCUACCUGGCCUUCUGGCCCCACCCACCACAGCUGCCACCAACCUAACAGCAAUGGGCACCGUCUGUGCCCCACCCACGUAUAUUCGGCCCCAGAAGGGGAGGCACCUGCCAACAGUCUACGGCAAGGCAACACCAAGAAUGUUCUGCUGGCAUGUCCCAUGAACAUGUAUCCCCAUGGGCGCAGCGGCCGGACUGUGCAGGAGAUCUGGGAAGACUUCUCUAUGAGCUUCACGCCUGCUGUGCGGGAGGUGGUAGAGUUUGCCAAACACAUCCCAGGCUUCCGUGACCUUUCUCAGCACGACCAGGUGACCCUGCUUAAGGCUGGCACCUUUGAGGUGCUGAUGGUGCGCUUUGCAUCGUUGUUCAACGUGAAGGACCAGACAGUGAUGUUCCUGAGCCGCACAACCUACAGUCUGCAGGAGCUCGGUGCCAUGGGCAUGGGCGACCUGCUCAAUGCCAUGUUUGACUUCAGCGAGAAGCUCAACUCCCUGGCGCUUACCGAGGAGGAGCUGGGCUUAUUCACCGCGGUGGUGCUUGUCUCUGCAGACCGCUCGGGAAUGGAGAAUUCCGCUUCGGUGGAGCAGCUCCAGGAGACGCUGCUGCGGGCUCUUCGGGCUCUGGUGCUGAAGAACCGGCCCUCGGAGACUUCCCGCUUCACCAAGCUGCUGCUCAAGCUGCCGGACCUGCGGACCCUGAACAACAUGCAUUCCGAGAAGCUGCUGUCCUUCCGGGUGGACGCCCAGUGACCCGCCCGGCCGGCCUUCUGCCGCUGCCCCCUUGUACAGAAUCGAACUCUGCACUUCUCUCUCCUUUACGAGACGAAAAGGAAAAGCAAACCAGAAUCUUAUUUAUAUUGUUAUAAAAUAUUCCAAGAUGAGCCUCUGGCCCCCUGAGCCUUCUUGUAAAUAACUCUCCCCCCACCCCCACCGCCAUGCUCCCAUCCUCCCCUAUUUAAACCACUCUUGCUCUCCCCACCCUCCUCUGGCCCCUCGAUUUGUUCUGUUCCUGUCUCAAAUCCAAUAGUUCACUGCUGA